GGAAGUGGGGCAGCCGGGCGGAGCGGGCGUGUGUGCGGGUCGGCCCGGGCUGCGCCUCCUGCCCGUCUACGAGAACCCGGACUCCAGGUAUCCCGGGAUGACCGCCUGGGUGCCUCCCGAUGCGCUGGGUCGGAGGGUCUCGUGUGGCACCGACUACGGGACUGUGCGCUAUAUGGGCAGCGUGGCUCGUACAUCAGGAAUUUGGCUGGGUGUGGAAUGGGAUGAUCCUCAGAGAGGAAAACAUGAUGGCUGCUACGAAGGGACACAGUACUUUAAGUGCAGGCAUCCUAAAGGAGGAUCAUUUAUCCGGCCAAACAAGGCAAAUUUUGGAGUAGAUUUUCUUACUGCAGUAAAGGAUCGGUACGGAUUGAAUGAUAAGAGUGAAAACAAAAUGAAAUUUCCAUCUACAUCAGCUUCUAUAUCCAGUGCAUUUUCAAAUUUGAAGAUUCUGGCACUUAAUCAAACUGAAAUAACAUGGACAGAGGUUCUUCUCUGUGCUCAAGGAUGGCCAGCACUUGAAGAGUUGUACCUUUCUUCUAAUAGUAUUACAGUUUUGGAAAGGCCUGAUAAUGUCCUGAAGACCCUGAAGUUGUUAGACCUUUCAGACAACCAGUUACUGGAUGGAAAUCAACUGCAUCUAAUAGCACAUCUCCCCAGAUUAGAACAGCUAAUACUUAGAAACACUGGCAUAUCUUCUAUACACUUUCCUGAUGCUGGAUUUGGCUGCAAGACUAAAAUGUUUCCUUCACUAAAACGCCUUGCAAUAAAUGACAAUAAAAUAUCACAGUCUCUGGAAAGUUAUACAAUUACAUUAUGUGCCAUUCCUGUGUCAGUACAGAUCCUUCCUGCUGAAAGAAGAGGAGCAGAGCUUGAUUAUCGCAAAAUAUUUGGAAAUGACUGGUUAGAAGCUGGUGGGCAUUGGGACCCAGAGAAAAACAAACCAAGCGAAGAAUUUCUUGCUGCCCAUCCCAGAUACCCAUCACUCUGUCUUAAAUAUGGUGCACCUGAAGAAGGAGAACUGAAGGGACGACAGCCUUUGACUCUGAAAAAUCAGCUUCUGACUUUGACAAUUAAGUGUCCUGAGAAACCUGAACAGAAGCCAGUAGAGAAAAAGCUACCAGAGUCUAUGACUAUUCAGAAGGUCAAAGGACUGCUGUAUCGCCUAUUUAAAAUUCCUGGUUCAGAACUGAAACUGUCCUACGAAAGUUCUAAACUGGAAGGAAAAGAAGUUGAACUAGACAAUGACUUAAAGCCUUUGCAGUUUUACUCAAUAGAAAGUGGAGACUGUGUGUUAGUACGGUGGUAAGAAGGGACUCUUGCUAGACUGAAGGAAAAGCUGACACAGGAACUGCAGAAGAGUGACAGAGUGGCCGCAGGCAGUAUGGACAGCCUGUGCCUGAACACACCUAUGGGCGAAUACGAGUUUCACACGUGGCACCAGAGGGCUGUACAACUGUACUUUCAGCUCCUCAACUCAGUCAUCAGCCUCCCUGAAAGCAUCUGCUCAUUUCUCUUACUUGAGAGAUACCAAAUAGUACUUAAAUGCUUUAAUUAAAUAAAACUCAAGGUAACCCUUCUGCCUUCCCACUGCAGCAGUGAGAAUUUGUUUUACUGAACCGAGUACAGGGUUUAGUUGUGAUCUCUUUGCUUACACGACAAGAUUAGUGCUGCACUGAGAGGCUACUUGCUUUUUGUUUUCACCUACGUCCAGCAACCUUAAAGCAAAUGAAACCCAGCAGUAAUUUUAGAAGUACCUACACAGCCUUAGACUAUUAAAAGUCAAAAUCUGACAGACCUUUAUUCUACCCUACAGUGUUAACAUACCAUAGUAUAAAUAAGUUCUCAGCACACUGCAAGGCAAUGCUACUUAUUUUACAUUCUUUAGUGUGCUUGUCCUCAAUCUUACUUUACUUUCCCUUGUGUAACCUCAGAUUCAUAUCUAAUAACACAGUGAGUUCUCAGAAAUCCCUCCUAAGUUUGCAGUACUUGAAGAUUUGGUAUAAGCAAACUUUGAUACUGUUUUUAUCUAAAAUGGCAAUGGUAUAAACAAAGUAAGCAUAAAUCCUAAUCCCAUUGCUGUCCCAGCCCCUGCACAGAUGAGGGCAACCCUUUAGACAGCACAGAGCCUGCUGCAGCAAGACUUACCGGAUGCCCUGGUGCUGAGCACAGCUCUCCACUGGAUCCUGGUACUGCUCUAUACUGAGUUAAAUCAGUAAUUCUUUAAUUUACAAAAGACAGGCUAGUUGGCAUUCUUAAGUGCAUUUAUUAAUUACAAGUAGGUCUUUACCUUUAUAUAAAAAGGAAAUUUUUUUAUCUUAAGCAUUUUGGUUUUUGUCAGAUCAAUCUAUACUAUAGAAAAUGAAUAGUAUCAGUCCACUUCUAGUUAUCAAAAGGGAUGUGCAAAUAUUGUUAUGCUUAAGUUGAAACCCAACAUUAAAAGGUACCUUAAUAUUUCUUAUUGUUCCUGGAAUAAAUCAAAAUGUACACUUUUUCAUGAUCAUUAUACACUACCCUGUUUUCCAAGGCAAGUCCAUCAUCUUUCCUCACAUCUACAUGGAUCUCCACACAGUUCCUUUAAUCUCCACAGCUCUUUCAGUUCCUGGGGAGAGUACUGGGGGGAAGACAGCAUGCCACUCUCACAUGUCUUCUCACACAACCAAAGACCAUCCUGUUAGAGAGAGAACCAUUUCAAUAGUUUUUCUUACAAACUAUUUAGUCCCCAGGAAUUUUCACUUUCAAGAAUCGGGUGUUCUUUGUUUAUAGCAACAAACUUUGCACACAAAGGUCCCCAAAAGAUCUGCUCAACCUAAUCAGAGAAUCUGAGAGGUAGGGAUGGCAUCUGCAGGUGGUUUGUGGGGGUUUUGUGGUUUAUCUUUGAAAUACAUCUUCAAAUUUUGGUGUUUUUUUUUCCUCUGGAUUUUAAUUCAAUGGUUGUUUCAAUUUCUUUUUAA